GGCCUCGCGGCGGGCCUCGGCCAAUCGCAGCGCGGUGCGUCGCGCUCGGGGCGCGGCGCAGCGGCAGCAUGGAGGGCCGGGUGCCCUACGACGACUUCCCGGUGGUUUUCCUGCCGCCCUACGAGAGCCCGCCCGCCUGGGUGCCGCCGCACGAGCGCGUGUACCACCCCGACUACAACAACGAGCUCACGCAGUUCCUGCCCCGCACCAUCGUCCUCAAGAAGCCGCCCGGAGCGCAGCUGGGCUUCAACAUCCGGGGAGGAAAAGCCUCGCAGCUGGGAAUCUUCAUCUCCAAGGUGAUUCCCGACUCGGAUGCGCACAGGGCCGGGCUGCAGGAGGGGGACCAGGUGCUCUCAGUGAACGACGUGGAUUUCCAGGACAUUGAGCACAGCAAGGCCGUGGAGAUCCUGAAGACGGCGCGGGAGAUCACGAUGCGCGUCCGGUACUUCCCCUACAAUUACCAGCGGCAGAAGGAACGGACAGUUCACUAACGGGGAGCUUCCUCCUGCCAAAACCCCUCCACUCCUUCUCCCCCACGUCUGAGAUGACUCCUCACGUUCCAGCUUUCCCUGGAGGCACCCCUGGCCUGCCCAGGAUCAGCUCUUUGCACGUGGGGAGAUGCCAAGGGGCUCAUUUGGCUGGAAGGUGGGUGGGGAUUGAGGCUGUGCUCCUGGGAAUGGGUGUUGGGAGAAGCUGGUGAGGAGUGGGUCCUGGGGGGCAGCUGCUCCAGCAGGAUCCAGAGUUUAGCAAGAUUUAAAUUAAUGAGUUCUGGGCUGGUUCUGGAUCCUUUGAUCCUGAAUCCCUGGUUCUUGAGCAUUCCUGAGCAGAGCACAGGCACUGUCCUCCAGGAAAUUCACCUGUUCUACUCUCUUGUGCCAUGGAAUUCUUCCCUUCUCCUCUGUCCCACCUCUGCUCUGUGUUGCUGGGAACUCCAGGAGUAAAAUCCAGCCCCAGUCCAUGCACAGCUCUGGCUCUUUGUGCCUCUUUGCUGAUAAAACCCCGACAAUAUAAGACUGGGAUGUUUGGAUAUGUGAAUUACCAAGGAAAUUAUCAGCAAAUCCAGGGGGAAAUGCCUGGUGGGAUCCCAUUGUAAUGGCUUCAGGACGGCCCUGGCUCUGACCUUCUCUUCCUUGUGGUGUUUUCCACUUUUUCUGUAAAAUCAAUCAAUAAAUCAAGUACAGCAGCCUGAA